AUGGAAUGGCUCCGCCUCACCUGCUGCCGCUCCUCCUCGGCCGUCUCCUCGUCUCCGGCGACCUCCGCAGCAGCCCCGCGCACCUCCGCCGCCUCCCUCUACUUCCCGCUCUUCCCCUCAUCAUGCACUUUCCUCCACAACCUUCUCAUCCGCGCCUCCGCGACCUCCCCUUCCCCUCGCCUCGCCUUCGCGGCAUUCUCCUCCAUCCUCCGCUCCGGCGACACCCCGGAUCGGUUCACCUUCCCUUCCCUCCUCAAGUCGGCCUCCAGGCUCGCCUCAUUCCCGCGCACGGGCGCGCAGGUGCACGCGCAGGCCGUCCGGCGCGGGCUCUUGGUCGACGUCUUUGUGGUCAACACGCUCCUUGCCAUGUACGCCGCGUUCCGGGACACUCGGUCGAUGCGGGAGGUGUUCGAUUCGUGCGCGGGGGUCGCCGACCUGGUUACCUGGAACACGAUGCUCGGUGGCUACGUGAAGUGUGGGGAGAUAGGGGAGGCCAGGAGGGUGUUCGAGCAAAUGCCCCAGAGGAAUGGGGUGUCCUGGAGCGCGAUGGUGGGGGCAUACGCGGGUGCAGGGGAGCUGGAUGUGGCGAGGGAGAUGUUUGAUGAGAUGCCGGCCAUUGGGAGGAACGUUGUGAGUUGGAACUCGAUGAUAACGGGAUUUGCGCGGCAUGGGCUGCUGCCGCUGGCCAGGAAGAUGUUCGAUGAGAUGCCGGUCAGGAAUCUGGUAUCAUGGAACACGAUGGUCCGGGGGUAUGCAGUGAACGGUGAAAUGAAUGAUGCGAGGGAGCUGUUUGAUAGGAUGCCGGAGAAGGAUGUCGUUUCUUGGACAUGCAUGAUAUCCGGGUACGCGCAGGCUAGAUGCUACACGGAAACCCUUGAGCUGUUCAGGGCAAUGCAGAGCGAGAGCAAUGUCCUUCCUAAUGAGGUGACCAUGGUGAGUGUGCUGUCUGCGUGCGCACAUUUAACAGCUCUGGAAGAAGGGAGGUGGGCUCACGCCUUCAUUGACAAGCACAAGAUGGUGCUCGACAGUGAGUUCAAUCUUGGCGCUGCUCUCAUAGACAUGUACUCAAAAUGUGGGAGAACCGACUUGGCCGUCAAAAUUUUCCACUCCUUGGACCAGAAGAAUGUCUCUGCCUGGAAUGCACUCAUCACUGGGUUGGCAGUAAAUGGUGAUGUUCGGAGUUCCAUUGAUGUGUUUGAACAGAUGAGAAGGUCAGGAGAAAAACCGAAUGGCAUAACAUUCGUUGGUGUGCUGACCGCUUGUGCCCACGGUGGGCUGGUGGAUGAGGGCCGGCGGUGCUUUCAGAGCAUGGCAUCUACUUGUGGAGUGCAGCCAGAAGCGAAGCACUAUGGCUGCAUGGUUGACAUGUUAGGCCGGGCAGGGCUUCUUGAAGAGGCAGAGGAGCUGAUCCGGAGCAUGCCGAUGGUCCCGGAUGUAAUGAUUUUGGGCGCACUACUAGGCGCCUGUCGGAUGCACAAAAGAGUUGAUGUGGCCGCACGAGUUCAGAAUGAAAUACUUGGCCUCAGUACACAGCAAUCUGGUUGCCAUGUUUUGAUAUCUGACAUUUACGCUGCUGCUGGCAAAUGGGCUGAUGCUCUAUAUGCGAGGGGUGUUCUGCAGAAGUUUGGCAUCAACAAAUGA